UUACUUUAGGCUGGCCAUUGUGGGGGCGGGUGACAUUUUGGGGCGCUGCAGACAGACACGACAGGACUACCUUCAUGAAAUCAUGCGAAGUACCUGUGUAGCCUACCGUUCGUGGCGGUGAAUUCUCACAGAAAAAAAUUGAUAUCUGGCAUGCGAUGUUGAGAUAAAAAUAAUGACCAACGUGGAGAAUAUAACUUAAGCAGCGCACCUGACCCGUUUUUGGAGCAGCAUAGUUUCAGAAUAUUUCAUCGGCUCACACUUGUCAGAAUCUGUCGACGUAGCAUACUCGGUUUGCUUGAUCGUUGUCUCAUUCCUCCACUAAAGAAGGCAAGCCAGCAUGACGAAGGCCGUAGCUCUGCUUCUGCUAGUUGUCGUCGUAAUGGCAGUGGUCGCCAUGCCAACGGAGGCCAGAAUAAGAGGGCGCAAAAAGGGCUGCACGUCCAGAUCCGGGCGGGCUGGUUACUGUAACAGCAACGUGUCUUUCUUUAAACGGCUCUUGGAGGAGUACAGGAAUAUAACUUCAGACGCAGCGCCAGACGGUGAUGACUUGGCCACGCGAGAGGGCGCUGACGACAAGCUGGGGACUAAGAUUCUUCUUCUCCGCGAGCUCCUGGCCGAACUUCAAGCAGAGGACGACGACACUGGAUUGUAGAGGGCGCCCGUACCGCACCCCCAGCAAAUCAGAUGGUCUGUGCCGCCAAAGCAGGGGUGUAACUACGGGGCUGACGGCAACGUGGGAAGGUCUUUCCCUCGCGAGUGUUUGCCUCAUCGGCUUCCCUCUCAUUUGACAUUUCGGCAUGGACGCAAUCUUUAUACAAGCCGGAAUUUAUAAGCUUUCAUUUAUGUAUCUAAAAAAAAAGUGUGCAUCCGUACUUCCCCGAAAUUUCACGCGAGCCACAGCUUUGAAGAGAUCAAGUCGAAACGGAUGCCCGUAUAAGCCAUUAAAAACAAAUCAAAUAUAUUUUCUUUUACAUUCAGAAUGGAUUGAAGUCUUUCGCCGUGAGUACGUUUUCAUCCAACAAGGGUAGUACUUUGUACCUUUCCUGGUCUUGAAAAAAAUCCGCUCACCGUGUUUCAGACACAGAUGAAUUCGACUUGCGACCAGCAGGUUAUAGCGAACAGUGUCGUGUCUUAUUCAGCGUUGAAUUCCUAAUGAGGGUCGUCACCAUUUGGACUUACGUCAGAGUGUACAAGAAAGGCGCCAUAUCUUUCAACCUCUCCUAUUUUUGAAAGGGGGGUAGAUAGUUGUUCGGGCUCAUACGUGGAGUGAUGCAAAACCGAUCCACAAUCCCCGCCCACUGAGCACGAACGGUGCCCGGGCUUUAGAUAGCGCAGCUAUGCUUUACUGGGAUGGGGUAAUUGCAGGAAUUUAUUUGUGGGUGCGUUCGAUUAUUUUCCACAAGUUCACUCGGGUUAAAUCUCCUCGCCAUCGUUUCACUUUUU